AUGGCAUUCAUGAGUAUGGGAUCAAAGUCUGAAGCUUUUCGUCGUGAAGGCCAAACGUGGGUUUGUACAACGGGACUUCCAAGUGAUGUUACCAUUGAAGUUGGCCAAAUUUCUUUUCUCCUCCACAAGUUUCCAUUGCUUUCUAGAAGUGGGCUACUAAAGAAACUCAUUGCAGAGUCCUCAAACGAGGAUGGAUCAAGUUGUAUUUUGCAACUUCAUGAUACUCCUGGUGGAGCUAUAACAUUCGAGCUUAUAACCAAGUUUUGCUAUGGUGUAAAAAUAGAAAUCACACCAUUAAAUGUAGUCAGCCUCAGAUGUGCAGCAGAGUACCUCCAAAUGACAGAAAGCUAUGGUGAAGGAAAUCUUGUUGGACAGACAGAGGCUUUUCUCAAUGAAGUUUUCAGCAAUUGGCCAGAUUCCAUAAAAUCCCUUGAAACAUGUGAGGAAGUGCAACCCUUUGCAGAGGACCUCCAUAUCGUUUCAAGAUGCAUAGAUUCCUUGGCUAUGAAGGCUUGUUCAGAUCCAAACUUAUUCAAUUGGCCUGUGGCUGGACGUAAUUGCAGCACGCAAAACCAAGCAGACAAUGUAAUGUGGAAUGGGAUUUCUUCUGAACCACCAUCUCUAUGUGAUGAUUGGUGGUAUUAUGAUGUGUCUUUGUUAAGCCUGCCCUUAUAUAAACGACUGAUUUUAUCCAUUGAAUCAAAAGGCAUGAAAUCUGAGAGUGUAGCUGCAUCUCUCAUAUAUUAUCUUAGGAGGUUUCUCCCUUUGAUGAAUAGGCAAUCAAGCUUCAAAGAUACAAAUCAUGCAACCAUUCCUACAACUUCUGAAGCAGAUCAAAGGGCUCUACUGGAAGAAAUUGUGGAGUUGAUUCCCAAUAAGAGGGGGAUCACAUCUUCCAAGUAUCUGCUUAGGCUGCUCCGCACAGCAAUGAUAUUACAUGCAAAUCCAUCAUGCAGAGAAAAUUUAGAGAAAAGGGUUGGAGCUCAACUAGACCAGGCCGUGCUUGUGGAUCUUCUCAUUCCAAAUAUGGGAUACUCGGUUGAGACCCUCUAUGAUGUAGACUGCAUUCAGAGGAUUCUUGAUCAUUUUAUGUCUAUAUACCAGCCUGCAUCUGUAUGUGCUUCUCCGUGUAUAAUUGAAGAGGGAGCAUUGAUAGCUGGGGGGGCUGAUAUAUUGAAACCUAUGACAAUGGUCGCAAAUUUGAUAGAUGGAUAUCUUGCUGAGGUGGCUUCAGAUGCUAAUUUGAACUUGCCUAAGUUUCAGGCACUUGCUGUUGCAAUUCCAGAUUAUGCUAGGCCACUUGAUGAUGGUAUAUACCAUGCAAUAGAUGUAUAUCUUAAGGCACAUCCGUGGCUGACAGAUUCUGAACGGGAGCAACUUUGCAGACUGAUGAACUGCCAAAAGCUCUCAUUGGAAGCGAGCACUCAUGCAGCACAAAAUGAAAGAUUACCUCUCCGAGUAAUUGUUCAAGUACUGUUUUUUGAACAGCUUAGACUCCGUACAUCAAUAUCUGGCUGGUUCUUUGUUUCUGACAAUCUUGGGAACUCACAAAACCCCAGUGGAGAUCUUGGUCUCCCCAAGAGUAAUGGUACUUGUCAAAUGGACUCUGCAGAGGGAACUGAAAAUGUGAGAGAACGUCUUUUGGAGCUGGAGAAGGAAUGCUCAAGCAUUCGAAAUGAUCUGCAGAAGCUGAGUAAGACAAAGAAAAGUUGGAGCAUUUUCCCAAAAAGGUUUGGCUUUAGAAAAAAGUCAGACUGUUGCAAUCCAAAAGAAUCAAGUAGCUGCGAUGUAAAGACACCAUCGUCCACUAUGAAUGGAAAACCAAAUGAUCAAAGUAGUUGA